AUGUCUCAAUGCCCAACUGCCAGCGCCACUCCCUCCACAGUCUUGGAUUCCCAGCCUUCAGGGCUGUUGGAUGCCACCCCCUAUGUUUCCCAGAUUGCAUCUACUGUGUGGCAGAGUCAAGAGCUGCCUCUGUCACAGCUCACUCCCAGAGCUCUAAAAAGAAGGUUGGAUCUGGACUCCCAAGAAGAAGGAUCACAGAUAUCUUGCAAGCUUCCCCCCUUGUCCAGGCGUUGGUUAGUCAUGCCCAGCGACAGGGAAGGCUCAGAAGAUGGAGGAAGCUCCAUUGUCCCAUCCAUGGCUCCAUUGGAGUCAAGGGACUCUAUUGUUCCUGUAGCCCCUGAAGGGGAAGAGGACAUUGGGGUUCUUCCUCAAGAAGGAAGGCGCUUUUGCCGCAAGGGGAAGUGUUACCUCUUGACAUAUGCCUGUUAUGUCAAGGGUGAGAAUACAGUGCAAGCCUCUUGUCAUGAGGUUGUCAAGGAUCUAGUGGACCACCUGCUCACUCUAAGGAGUGGAGGGGGACCCCUUUUGGAAAGUGCCAUGGGGGUUACAGAGUCCCAUGACUUGAAAGAAGGACAGUGGCAUCCUGACUGGCAUUGCCAUGUCAUUGUUUGGGCCAGGACUCUUAUCUCCUCAGAGGGCCUGAACCUAUGGAAGUAUAAAGGAGUGCGCCCCCAUGAGCGUCUUCUUUUGCUCAAGGACAGUAAUGGGAGAUUUGCUCCCUUAUCUGCCUAUGAGUACCUCAAGAAGGAGGCAAAUGCCUGGGAGGCACGAUAUGGGACCCUUACAGAAGAGUUCCUAUUGGGUCAAUGCCCUGCAGGGUUGAAGGCCAAGACCAAUCGCAAUGAGGACUUUGCCUAUGCAAUGGAGGCAGAGGAUGCAGAGGGUUUCUUUGGUCGCUUAAAGGAGCGCCAACCUUGUGAUAUGGCCAUGGGGUAUAACAACCUCAAGGCCUUUACUGGUUACUUUUACAGGGAUAGGGGCGCCCUUCCUCAGGGUGUAUGUGAGCCCAAGGCCCUUAAGAAGUGGGUCUCCUUCUGUCGUACGCCAACUGUAAGGUUGGGUACAUGCUAG